GUCUGUAUGGGAUUCUUUGGUUGUGUGUGUGCGCUGCUCGCGGAAUGAAUCUACUCACUGUCUGGUUCUAUGACUGGUGCCAGUGUUGAUCAGUGUAUUCGUGGUCACGUCGCCACUUGCUGAGCAGAAGGCUUGUGUCCAGCCAUGUCGCAUAACAGGAAGACGAUAGAUCCCAAAGCCAUUGAGACAAAACGAGAGCAGAUAAGAAUUGCACUGCAGCAGAAGCAGGACAGUUUGAGUAACGCUCAGCGUAUCAUUGAGCGGCUACUCGAUGACCCGAUCACCGACGAUUUCCUCAAGGAUUGCGCUCGAUUUCUUGAACCGAGACACUACGACGAUGUGGUGGAUGAACGCAUGGUCGCCAAGCAGUGCGGAUAUCCGUUAUGUUGUGACAAACUUAGAGAUAUUCCCAAGCAGAGGUAUCACAUUUCGGCUACGUUGAACCGAGUCUACGACUUGACGGAGCGAAGGAAGUUCUGCAGCAAUGCUUGCUACAAGGCAUCCAUGUUCUACAGAAAGCAGUUGCCUACAACUCCCGUGUGGGUGAGGGGGAAGGAACCUGUUGAUGUUCCUAUCGAGCUUCUACCUAUUACUAAGAAAGCUAAGGAUGUUGUUAUUAAGGGUGAAGAUGUAAUCUGGAACAAUACUUCCGACGAAACCAAGCCACUGACAAUUCCCAACCUUAGUGAAGAGUUCAAGCAAACGUCAAUAUCAGGUGAGAUGAAGCACAUUCCUUCAAAACCUAUCGCAAAUGAGCAGAAUAAAAGUCCUAGACAUGAACUAUCUACAAAGACACCCGUGUCGGAAACGAGUUAUAGACAGCAAAGUAAUAAGCAGUUACAGUUUGGUGCCAAUGUCGGAAAAACUGAUGAUAACAAUUUGUCUGUGGGUGAAAUACUAACUGUUGACAUAAUGCCAUCCAUGGAAGUCGUACCUAAAAACUGUUUAGGCCAAAGUCAUGGUGACACAACAACUGUUGACAAUGCUACAGCUAUGCUCAACGAAGUUUCCAAUGUGAUUCGUUUACAGCCUGAUAACAUAGAUGGGGCAGCAGGUGGUGAUAAACGACAGAGUACCGAAGAUGGUAGACUUAAGGCGCCUUCUCUAAGUUGUGGUGAAGCUGCAGCUGGUGAUUCGCCUCAGACUGACAUAGAUAUUGUGAAAUCUGCAGCUGGCAUGAAGAACCAAGACUUGAAAGCUCAGACAGUACAGCAGUCCCAUCAGAAAACAGCACAGCAAAGAAAGGUGAAAAUGAUAGAUGCCCCUAUGCUGCAACCAAAGGGAGCUACUAAACAUGUCAUAAAGCCAAAAGCAGACAAUCUUUCGGCAGUGGUAAAACGCAAUGUGCAAGAGUGGUGGACCGAAUCCUCACACCAGUUUGUUGUAAAAAGUGACCAAUCAAUCCCUCUGCAGAUUGAAAUUCCACCGAUUGAAAACGAAACUGCAGUGGCAGGUCAUCCAAAAAUACUUGAACAAUCACCAAAGGAGGCUGUUCAGUUGAAAGCUCCAUCACACUCCGAGAAAGAAGAAUUUAGCAAGGCUCCUUUGACUUCAAUAAAAAUUCAGCCCGACGUGGCUUCAGUCAAAGCUGCAGACUUUCCCAGUGAAAGAUGCACAAUGCCUACAUGUCUUCCACACCACGAUGCAGGAGAGUUUUCAGUGCUCCCACCCGUUGACUCGCAUUUACAUAUGGCGCUGCGACGAAAAAUUGUCUUCGAGAAGCUCUCCGGGUGCAUAAAGGAGUGUUUGCCUGUAGGCAUCACCAUAUAUAGUGUGAUGGGUGACUUGAAAUGCCUCGUUGCAACGUUCAAUCUCACGAGUCACAACGUCAUGUUGCACCCGCGGCAAUGCAUGAUCACGUCCGUCGCCAUCUUGAAAAUUCUCGCCAGCCGGCGAACGGACAUCGCGAAGGCGCUCGACUCGCUCGCGGCACGUCACUACGUUGAAAUGUUGCUCGAGCAGGAGGGCACCACCGUGGAAGCUGUCGAGGCCAUCGUUGCAUCUGUGCUGCCGCCAAAAACGACACCCGACAGUAGCGCGGAAUACGUUGGAGAAACACGUUUGCACGACGCGACGCUGUACCUCACCGGCGAUGACGGAGAGGAGGAUGAAUGCUUAGUGGACAUUGAUCAGUACGAGUCUGAACUGGAUUGAUGGAGAUCGAAAGCAGUGACCACCGGCUGGCUACUUUUCUACCUGUGUUCAUCGAUCAUUCAGUAAUAAACCGAUACCAACUCUAUAGAAGAAGACAAGAACUUGAAGAAGUAUACAUGAAUAACAUAAAAUAGGACUGCUAAACG